AGUCAAGUGGGCUUAUGUUAAAUUAGCAUUGUCUCACAUGUUGGCAUGUCUAAAUAAAGAUGAAGAAUAGACUACAACAGUUUAUGCCCGAUGACAAAUACCAAGACAAGGUAUUACUCGGCAACUGGGUGGAAAGGAGACGAUCAUAUGUCAAACAUCCGCAUGACUUCAAAACAAACUACUCCAUCGACUACUGCCCCAAGCCCAACACGACGAAUGAUCCCAAAUUCCUAAGAGAUCAGCAGUAUCGAGGACUGGGCUACAACGCGCGAGUGCUAUAUGAUCACCAAGGUAACACUUUUCUGGAGAACAAGUCCACCACGUACGACAUCUCCUACAAUCAUCUUCCCAAAAAAUCUCCCUGCGGUCCAUUGCCGCGCGAAAUUCGAUUCCGAAUGGGACGAUACGAACCCGAACAGGAUUAUGCUCAAAAUUUUGGUAACGUGACCAAAACCGGUCUGCUGGACUAUUACAGGGAGAAAUGGAGAUGCGAAAUUCAAGACCCUAGGAAAACGCUGCAGUCGUCUUACAAGGAGACUUUCACCGCGCCGAAACACGAGCGAUCGCCGAGCUGGGGGAUUCCGCUCGCAAAUUCGUCCGCAAUGGAGGCUAGCAACAGGAGAUUGUACCACUUACGGCUUAGAGGCAAGCAAAGGCUUGCGGUGCCUGAGAAAGUACUGGUUCAGCUGCCAUACGUGCGGAGAUGUAACCCAAUCACUUGGGAGUGUCCCAAACAUAUGUAGUGGUUUUUUUUUCGGUUAUAGUAGGGUAGAGAAAUUCAUUCAGAACUUUGGAAAAGUGAUCCUCUACAAUAAAACCAAUUAUAUCAUCCCGUUACACGCUGUAUGAUGAAGUGAUCCAAAAAUAUGAAAUUAUCUUUCAUUCCAGGCGUCCGGAUGCUACCCCAAAAACAAUUCGCGGUGGAUUCUUAUAAAU